AUGAAGCUCCUCCCCACCGUACUUGCUGCCAUUGCGCUCUUCGCCGCCACUGUCGACGGCUCGCCCAUGCUGCGCAUGGAAGCCGAAGGCAAAAGCAACCACCACCACGCCUGCAACCUUACCGGCACCUACAAGGCCGGCACCGACAUCUCCUCCUGCAGCUCCGUCACCAUCGGAUCGUUGACGGUCCCUGCCGGCGUCACGCUUGACCUGACCAAAACCAAGAGCGGCGCCACCAUCGAGUUCACGGGCACCACCACCUUCGGCACCAAGACGUGGGAGGGUCCGCUCGGUCCGCUCGUGCUGCUCAGCGGGAGCGACCUGACCGUCAAGGGCUCCGGCACGCUCGACGGCCAGGGAGACUGGUACUGGAAGCAGGGCACGUCCAUCAGCCGUCCGGUUUUCUUCCGCCUGCACGGUGUCACGAGCUCGACGCUCUCGGGCUUCACGAUCAAGAACUCGCCCUUCCGCACCUUCAGCCUUGUCGACAACCAGCAGGUGACGAUCAGCGGCCUCACGCUCGACUCGAGCGCAGGCGACGGCACGGCCAAGAACACGGACGGCUUUGACCUCAGCAGGAACGACGGCGUCACCAUCACGGGCAACAAGAUCUACAACCAGGACGACUGCCUCGCCAUGCAGUCGAGCACCAACACGGUCUUCAGCAACAACUACUGCAGCGGCGGCCACGGCGUCUCCAUCGGCUCGCUCGGCGGAGACGCCGUCGACCAGUCCGACACGGUCUCGGGGCUCACGGUCAGCGGCAACACCAUCGUCAACAGCGUCAACGGCAUCCGCAUCAAGACCAUCAUCGGCCUCAAGGGCCUCGUGUCCAACGCCAAGUACACCAACAACAAGCUCACCAACGUCAAGAACGCCAUCGUCAUCCACUCGGACUACAGCAAGUCCAAGGGCGGCUACACGGGCUCGGCCACCAGCGACGUGUCCAUCCAGGGCGUGACCAUCUCGGGUCUGUCGGGCACGGCCACCAACCUGUACGACAUCGUGGCAAACCCCAAGGCGGUGUCGGGCUGGGCGUUCUCGGGCGUCACGGUGAGCGCGUCCAGCAAGGGCUCGUGUAGCGGCCAGCCCAGCUCCAUCACGUGCUAG